GGUCCUCACAACCACACGAUAACUGCCUUGGCAGUCGCUUUGAAACAGGCUGUGACUCCUGAAUACAGAGCAUACCAAGAACAAGUUCUUAGCAAUAGCUUUAAGUUUGCAGAGGCUUUGAAUGGGAUGGGCUAUGAACUUGUUUCCGGUGGAACAGAAAAUCAUCUAGUUUUAGUGAACUUGAAGAACAAGGGUAUUGAUGGCUCCAGAGUAGAGAAGAUUCUGGAAGCUGUACACAUUGCAGCCAAUAAAAAUACUGUGCCUGGGGAUGUGUCGGCUAUGGUUCCUGGUGGGAUCAGGAUGGGAACGCCAGCCCUAACAUCCCGGGGUUUUAUCGAAGAAGAUUUUGUUAAGGUGGCUGAGUAUUUUGAUGCUGCUGUCAAGCUUUCUCUAAAAAUCAAGGCUGAGACAAAAGGAACAAAGUUGAAGGACUUCGUUGCCACCUUGCAGUCUGGUGCUUUUGAUUCAGAGAUUGCAAAGCUAAGACGUGAGGUUGAGGAGUAUGCAAAACAGUUCCCCACGAUCGGAUUUGAGAAGGAAUCUAUGAAGUACAAGAACUAAACCAGCAGUAAUACAAGUUGCAAGGUAGCGUGAGCUCCAAAGAAGGUGAUGGAACUAAAUUGGGGUAAUCAUAAAAGAGGAUAAGGAUGUAUACAUGUAUAAUCUUGUAUCUGAGGGGGAAAAACUCCAUUAGCUGUAUAUUAAUGCCUUCUUUACUUUGGUUGUAAAAUUACAUAUGCAAGGAGCACUGCAUCAAUAAAUUUGAUCUUCAUUUGCA